UCUUCGUUUGUUAUUGAUAUCACUCUGGAUUUAAGGGAGCAGUCUAACCGUGGAAUGUAGCGGCCUUUUUCCGGCUCCUCGCUGCUAACCUGUUAACCUAGGCCGCUGCGGUGCUAAACUAGCCAAGCCUGGCUGUUGUUUGCUGGAGGGAACGAGGGCCGAAACAUGCCGAUGGGAAGAAAAUCAUUUCAAGGACAUUAACUUUCACCAUUAAGCCAGUGAAAUGAGUUCUUCAGAAGAGUUGAAACAGACGGACAGCGACAGGAGCCGACCUCAUCAGUGUCAGGAAUGUGGGAAAUGUUUCAGUCGGAUCUGCAGUCUGAGAAGACAUGAGCUCACUCACUCUGCAGAUAAACUGUUCCACUGUGAACAAUGUGACCGCAGUUUCAGCCAACUAAAGAAAUACAAGCUCCACCUGCACAGCCACACUGAAGACAAAUCAUCUUGCUGUGAACAGUGUGGGAGGCACUUCAACAACCAGAGUUCAUACAAAAAGCACCUGCGGGACCACACCGGCCCCUACCAGUGUGACCAGUGUGAAAAGACUUUCAGUUACUUCAGUAUCUACAAGAUCCACAUGCGUGUCCACACUAAAGAGAAGCCAUACUGCUGUGACCAGUGUCCCAAGAGCUUUAGUUUUUUAAGUUCGUACAAGCGACACCAGCUGAGCCACAGCGGAGAGAAGCCGUACCAGUGUGACUUCUGUGGAAAGAGUUUCACUCAGUCAGGCCAUUUUAGUCUGCAUCUGCGCAACCACACUGGAGAGAAACCGUAUGAGUGUGGCCAAUGUGAAAAGAGUUUCAGUGACUUAAGUAGUUACAAGAUCCACCUGCGUGUCCACUCAGGAGAGAAACCAUACCGAUGUAACCAGUGUGGCAGGAGCUUCUCUCAGUUGGGCAAUUACAAAUCACAUUUGCGUAUUCACACCGGGGAAAAACCAUUCCGCUGUGAACUCUGUGAGAAAAGCUUCUCCAUUUCAAAAACGUACAAACAGCAUGUGCGUACCCACACGGGAGAGAAACCGCACCAGUGUAAAGACUGUGGGAAAGGUUUUGGUCGCCUGAGUAACUACAUGCGUCACCUUCGUAUCCAUACCGGAGAGCAGCCAUUCAGCUGUGACCAAUGCGGGAAAUGUUUUAACAGUUCCUAUAGUUACAGCCGACACCUGCGUGUGCACACUGGAGAGAAACCUUACUGGUGUUCACAGUGUAAGAGACUGUUCACCCGGUCCCAGUCCUUAAAGAAACACCGCUGCGUUGCAAUAGAUGAAGAAGCACCACUGAGCUGCUCACCAACAGCAGCAACAAAUGAUGACGACCAGCAAUGAAUGCCACUAUAAGCAUGUGGUUGUUGUUACACGUUCUGUCCACUAGAGGGACUUCCAGCAUCAGCUUGGCCUUGAAGGGGAUCUAGCUACGUCAUGGCGCAUUGCAUUUCUAGAACGCCGCUCUCUGUUUACAUUAUUUUCCACUACUCUCACAGCGACAAACACAAAUCUACAGAGAACUCUAUUAUGAAACAUUAUCUAACAAGUGUAUUGAAGCAGCUCUGUUGUAGAGGCUAACGGUGCUUGGUUAGCACGAUGACAUUGUGUUAGAAAGCACAGCCGAAACGAUUUGUCAUAAACUAAGUAACAAUAGUGUUAGCCACGAUGCUAA